AUGCCGUCUAAGAAAUCGAACAAAGGAAAAGGUAAGGGAAGCAAUUCCCACCGUCAAAAGCAGAAGGCAGCUCGUCGUGCCGAAAAGGAGAGCAUCCUUGGCGAUGCUGCAUCCAACCAACCAUCUGUAUCCGAGGCCAUUCCGGAUACCCAGCUCCCGUCGCCAGACUUGGCGAUUAAACCAUCUGAAACAGUCAAUCGCUGUGAAGACGCGUCGGAACAACCUCGGUGUUCCGAAGGUAGUGACCCAAUUACCACGGGUCCUACCGCAGAUACCUCUCUGUCUGCCGAAGAGGUUGCCAGCACCUCACCCAAGCUGGCACCUCGCGAGGAGUCCGGGCCAAAGGAGGACGAAAAAUCAGCUUCAGAAUCCUGCGGUUCCGAAGAGUUGUCGCUCCCAGACUCCGGUGACGUUGACUUCGCCCUUCCCGAACCAAUCCUCCCGAUUGAAUCGGAGGUGGUCGGAAAGUCCGCCUUCCUCCAGGAAGGCGGCAGGAAAAAUGUGGUCAUCGAAGUCGAUGACGAUGCGGAUUUCGUCGCCAUGGUAACUGAAGACGGAUAUUCCUUCAGUUACCUGGUGUCCAGGCACGUUCUAAUCCGCUCCUCGACCAUUAUCAAGAGCCUGGUCAGCUCAAUGCCCAAUGACGCUCACACCGUCAACCUCAUCGGCGACUCUAACGCCAUGAACAUCAUCCUGCGAAUCAUCCAUUUUCACUCAAUGGAUGACGUCUUCAAUCUGACCUUUGAAGAGGUCAAAAAAGUCGCAAUUCUUUGCGACAGAUACAAGUGGCACAACGUACUUCGGCCCUUUAGUAGGGCGUGGCUACAGAAGUACGCCAAGAAAGCCCUGGAGCCGGGCUUUGAAGACUGGCUCUUCGUAGCCAAGGUUUUCGAAUGCGACCUUUGGGUCGAAGACCUACUGCUCGUCUCGGCCGAGCAGUGUGGAAAACCCAGCCCUCGCGGCGGGUUUAUCCACCGAAAGGGAGUGGUCGUCCCUACGGCAUUGUGGCCAAGGCACCACUUUGCAAAGAUCCUCGCCCGCCGGCAAGAGAAGCUCGACUAUUUAGUCGAGCUUCUCAACCAGUUCAAGGAGUUUGUAAAAUUCUCCACCGGCCCAUCGGGCACGACUUGCGAGUCAGAGGUCUGCCUAAAUCUGGCGAACGGAUCUUUUAAUAGAUCCGUUCGCCAGUGCGGCAUGGGCCAACUGAUAGAGGGGACGGGGGAGUGGGAGUGGGAGGGCUCUGUCCAAGAGCUGAGGGAGGAGAUCUGUGAUCUCCAGUUUCAAACGAUGUCGUGGGUCCUUCCAGGGCAUAUCUGCUGGUUACAAAGUAUCUGGCAAAACUUUGUUGCCCGCAUUUGCGGGAUGACCACGAAAGAGGAGGAGGAGGAGGAGGAGUAA